GAGUGCGGUUCGAGCAGCGGUCAGACGGUUAGAAGUUCGAAAAGUGAAUCUUCAGUGAAUUGAAACUAAUCCGAGUCAACCGAAUAGUUCAAUCAACCAAAUCAAACACCAAACGUAUCGAAAUCGAAUUUGUGUGAAAUCAAAGGGCGAGUGUGUUUGAGUGUUUGUGAGUGGCAAAUAUUUAAUAAUAAUGCCGCAGAACGUGCUCAAAAUGCAUAUUAUUUUUAAUAAAUAUUAAUGCGAGGCGUUGGCCGUGUAAUGAUUGCAAAUAAUAAAUGUAAUGCCAUGGCAAAUAAUCCAGCAUUAAAGUGCGUACAUCAAAACAACAACAACAACUACUUAGAAGGCGUUAAACACAUUUAAGCCCUGGCAAAUAAGUGGCAAGGACAAAGGAUACCAAGAGCAUUUGCUAAGCUGCGGUCAAAUGAAAAAUCCACGUUAGCUUAGCGACAACAACAACGAGAACAACGAGAACUACAAUUACAACUACAACUAAGUAACUAACUGAGACUGCAGCUAUUCAGUUCAGUUCAGCACUCCCCAUAGAGUAGAGGCAACAUGCAGCAACAGCAGCCACAGCAGCAAUGAGCAACCACAACGUGCCACACGACAGCAGCAACAGCAUCAUCGACCAUGACAACGAUGGCGGUGGCGCCGGCGAUGCCUUGGGCAGCAGCUUGAACGACACGGUUUGGUCCCAGAAUCAUUUGGAUGAGAUCAAUCAAAGCGUUGAGCUGCAUUGCCUGGUGCAACAGCACGUUGAGGCAACGACCUUUGGCAAUGCCACCGACCACUGCAACACACAAUUCGAUUCGAUACUCUGCUGGCCACGCACCGCACGCGGCACCUUGGCCGUGCUCCAGUGCAUGGAUGAAUUGCAGGGCAUUCAUUACGAUAGCAGCAAGAAUGCCACACGCUUCUGCCACUACAACGGAAGCUGGGCGCAGUACACCAACUAUGAUGCCUGCGCCCAUUUGCCAGCGCCGGAGACAGUGCCGGAGUUUGAGACCAUCGUCGAGUUGCCGACCAUUAUCUAUUACAUUGGCUAUGCUUUAAGUCUUGUCUCGCUAACACUGGCGCUGAUUGUUUUUGCCUACUACAAAGAGCUGCGUUGCCUGCGCAACACCAUCCAUGCCAAUUUGUUCUUCACGUACAUCAUGUCGGCUUUGUUCUGGAUACUGCUGCUGUCUGUGCAGAUCUCCAUUCGCAGCGGACUUAGCAGCUGCAUUGCUCUGGUCACGCUCUUUCACUUCUUCACGCUGACCAAUUUCUUUUGGAUGCUGGUCGAGGGUCUCUAUCUGUAUAUGCUGGUGGUCAAAACCUUCUCCGGUGAUAACAUACGCUUCAACAUAUACGCUUCAAUUGGCUGGGGCGGCCCAGCUUUGUUUGUGGUCACGUGGGCGGUGGCAAAGGGUCUCACGGUCAGCUACAACACGGACAAGUAUGACAUCAACUGCCCCUGGAUGGAGGAGACGAAUGUUGACUGGAUAUUUCAGGGUCCUGUUUGCGCGGUGCUCAUUAUCAAUCUGACUUUUCUACUGCGCAUCAUGUGGGUGCUCAUAACAAAGCUACGCUCGGCAAAUACCGUGGAGACGCGUCAAUAUCGCAAAGCGGCGAAGGCUCUGCUCGUGCUUAUUCCGCUCUUUGGCAUCACCUACCUGGUUGUGCUGGCAGGACCCUCCGAAUCGGGACUAAUGGGUCACAUGUUUGCUGUUCUUCGUGCCGUGCUGCUCAGCACACAGGGUUUUUGGGUGUCGUUGUUCUACUGCUUUCUCAACUCGGAGGUGCGAAAUGCGCUGCGACAUCAUGUAUCCACCUGGCGCGAUACACGCAACAUUCAACGCAACCAGAAUCGACGCUAUACAACAAAAAGUUUCUCCAAGGGAGGCGGCUCCCCGCGCGCUGAGAGCAUGCGCCCUCUAACCUCGUACUAUGGACGUGGAAAACGCGAGUCUUGCGUUUCAUCGGCUACCACGACAACGCUGGUGGGGCAACAUGCGCCGCUGUCGCUGCAUCGGGGCUCCAACAAUGCGUUGCACAUGCUGCCCACCAACAGCAACCUAACGGGCACCGGCAGCACGCUCAGCGUCAUGCCGCGGGCAAUAAGUCCUUUAAUGAAGCAGGGACUCGAGGAGAACUCUGUCUAAUUCGAGACAGUUGCGAGACUCAUCCACACACACACGUAUAUAUACACACUCCCACACACACACACACACACACACAAUCACGCAGACAGUCAUGGAGUGUAGCUUAGAUUUAGUCUCCUAGGCAUUUGAUGGAAACUGUAAAUUGUACAACUAGUCAAGAUUUUAGCAAGAGCAACAAGCAUCUUAAGAGACUGAACUGAAACUUUUAAUUUAAUUGAUUUGCCUCCCUCUCCCUCCUUUUCCCUCUUAGCAUUAUCCUCAUUGUAGCUCUAACAAACAAUUGUAGUCUUAAUUAAUUAUUGUACAUGAGUGUUGUUUUAACUGUUGAAUGUUACUAAGUGUACCACCAAUCGCAAGGGAAAAAAAACUACCUAAACUUUAAUGUGUACAUACAUAAAAUAGAUAAGCUAAAAAAAAAUGUUACUACUGCAACAGAAAAAACUACAACAACAAGAAGAAGAACAAACAACCCACAAAGAACACUUGAAAAUACUAAUAAAUGGUCUAUUUACUUGA